AUGGUGGCAACGUCGUAUGAAGAGAGUCGCCGGAAAAGAAUGGAAGAGAAUCGGAAGAGGAUGGAGGCUCUCAAUCUCACUCAGCUCUCUCAAUCACUUCACAAAUCAUCUUCUCCCAUUUCGAAACCCUCGCCGUCCAAACCUCGCACCACCGAGAAACAGCUUGUUGUUGUCAGAAGAUCCGGCCGUGUCGCCAACCAGCCUGCUCCCGUUUACAAAGAAAUUCUUAUUGAUCGCGUUAUAAUACCUAGAAGUAGAACUUCAAGUGGAGGUAGUUAUGAUAAGUACAGGGAUUAUUCGAAGCGUGUAUAUGCUUCCGAUGAAGAUCGAGUGGAAGCAUUGGACAAGGCGGAGAAGUUGCAGUCCGAAUUAAACUCGCCGCAUCCGAUUUUUAUCAAGACAAUGCUUCAAUCUCAUGUCACUGGUGGAUUCUGGCUGGGUCUUCCCGUUCAUUUCUGCAAGAAAAACCUUCCCAAACGGGACGAAGUGAUGACUUUGAUUGAUGAGGAUGAAAAUGAGUCUCCAGCUACAUAUUUGGCUCAAAAAACAGGACUUAGCGCUGGAUGGAGAGGUUUUGCUAUUGCUCAUAAACUUGCUGACGGGGACGCUUUAAUUUUCGAAUUAGUUAAACGCACUGCAUUCAAGGUGUACAUUAUUAGAGUGAAUGGUCCUUCAUUCAGAGGGUAA